UUUCGCAGGGAACAGAGAAGCGGGCAGCGCUCGGCGGCGGCCGUCCGGAGACGGUUGGUCUGUGGCCGCGGCCCCUCUUCCCUCUACCCCGAUCCCCUCACGGGAGCCCGAGGCCUGCCUCGCCCCCGACCCGCCCGCGGAGGCCCGGCCCGACCUUCUGCUCCUUCCUCAGCGCGCGGAUCCGGCGCCCGGAGGAGAAAGACGGCAGCCGCGGACGAGGCUUCGCCGCGCCGGCUCUGAGGCGAGGCGCGCACCGGCGGCCGCGGCGGCACGCAGGUUUCGUAGCACCUUCCUGAGCAUGAAUUCAGCAUGAAGCGGCGAGUGGAGGAACAGGAGUCACCCGUGUACGCGUCACAGCAGAGGCGUAUUGCCAGCACUGCCGAACCCUUCCAGCACCAGCAUCGCGUGCUUGCUCCAGCCCCCCCUGUAUAUGAGUCUGUUUCGGAGACCAUGCAGUCUGCGACUGGGAUCCAGUACUCCGUCACUCCCAGCUACCAGGUGUCAACCGUACCACAGAGCUCCAACAGCCACGGGCCCACUUUAGCCACCGUCCAUAGUGGGCAUCACCACCCCACCCCUGUUCAGCCUCAUGGGAGCCAAGUGGUGCAGAGCCACGCUCACCCAACUCCACCAGCAGCACCAGUCCAGGGGCAGCAGCAGUUCCAGAGGCUGAAGGUAGAAGAUGCCCUUUCCUACCUUGACCAGGUGAAGCUGCAGUUCGGUAGCCAGCCUCAAGUCUACAAUGAUUUCUUGGACAUAAUGAAGGAGUUCAAAUCUCAAAGCAUUGACACUCCAGGAGUGAUCAGCCGUGUCUCUCAGCUGUUCAAAGGCCACCCAGAUUUGAUCAUGGGUUUCAACACCUUCCUGCCUCCUGGGUACAAAAUUGAAGUCCAGACCAACGACAUGGUGAAUGUAACAACCCCAGGGCAGGUCCACCAAAUCCCAGCCCACGGCCUUCAGCCCCAGCCCCAGCCCCAGCCCCAGCACCCAUCUCAGCCGUCAGCACAGUCUGCUCCCACACCAGCACAGCCUGCACCACAGCCACCACCUGCCAAGAUCAGCAAGCCCUCCCAGCUACAGACACAUACACCCACCAGCCAGCAAACUCCUCCGAUCCCCUACGCAUCCCCUCGCUCUCCACCGGUGCAGCCCCACACGCCUGUGACAAUCUCUCUCGGAACGACACCGUCUCUCCAGAACAAUCAGCCGGUUGAGUUUAAUCACGCCAUCAACUAUGUCAACAAGAUCAAGAAUCGUUUUCAAGGACAGCCGGACAUUUAUAAGGCUUUUCUGGAGAUCCUCCACACAUAUCAGAAAGAGCAGCGAAAUGCCAAGGAAGCUGGUGGGAACUACACCCCAGCAUUGACCGAACAGGAAGUCUAUGCCCAGGUGGCACGCCUCUUUAAGAACCAGGAGGACUUGCUCUCUGAAUUUGGGCAGUUCUUGCCAGAUGCAAAUAGUUCUGUUCUCUUGAGCAAGACCACUGCAGAGAAGGUGGAGUCAGUGAGAAAUGAUCACGGGGGCACCGUUAAGAAGCCCCAGCUUAACAGCAAGCAGCAAAGACCCAAUCAAAAUGGCUGUCAAAUCCGGAGGCACGCCACCACAGGGGUAACCCCUCCAGUGAAGAAAAAACCAAAGCUCCUUAAUUUGAAGGACCCAUCCUUUGUAGAAGCUGGUAAACAUGGAACGGAGUCUCUGUUCUUUGACAAGGUCCGCAAGGCGUUGCGCAGCACGGAAGCCUACGAGAAUUUCCUCCGCUGCCUGGUCAUUUUUAAUCAGGAGGUUAUAUCCAGAGCUGAGCUUGUACAACUCGUUUCUCCGUUUCUGGGAAAAUUCCCGGAAUUGUUCACUUGGUUUAAAAACUUCCUGGGCUACAAAGAAUCCACACAUCUGGAGACUUUUCCGAAGGAGCGAGCCACAGAGGGGAUAGCGAUGGAGAUCGACUACGCUUCGUGUAAACGGUUGGGCUCCAGCUACCGAGCCUUGCCCAAAAGUUACCAGCAGCCCAAGUGCACGGGUCGGACGCCGUUGUGCAAGGAGGUUUUGAACGACACCUGGGUCUCCUUUCCAUCAUGGUCAGAAGAUUCUACGUUUGUGAGCUCGAAGAAGACUCAGUACGAAGAACAUAUCUACCGAUGUGAGGAUGAACGGUUUGAGCUGGACGUGGUCUUGGAGACCAACCUAGCCACCAUCAGAGUCCUGGAGACGAUACAAAAGAAACUGUCCCGCUUAUCGGCCGAAGAGCAAGCCAAAUUCCGUCUGGACAACACCUUGGGAGGCUCCUCAGAAGUCAUCCACCGCAAAGCUCUGCAGAGGAUAUAUGCCGACAAAGCUGCCGACAUCAUUGACGGUCUCCGGAAAAAUCCAGCCGUGGCGGUUCCCAUUGUGCUGAAAAGGUUGAAAAUGAAAGAAGAGGAAUGGCGAGAAGCCCAGAGGGGAUUCAACAAAGUGUGGCGGGAACAAAAUGAGAAAUACUAUCUGAAAUCCCUGGACCAUCAGGGCAUCAACUUUAAGCAGAACGACACCAAGGUCUUAAGAUCAAAAAGUCUCCUCAGUGAGAUUGAGACCAUUUACGAUGAGAGGCAAGAACAGACAUCUGAAGACAACACUGGCCCUCACCUGUCUCUGGCCUACGAGGACAAGCAGAUCCUGGACGAUGCCGCCUCUCUCAUUAUCCACCACGUGAAGCGGCAGACCGGCAUCCAGAAAGAGGACAAGUACAAAAUCAAGCAGAUCAUGUACCAUUUCAUCCCGGACCUCCUCUUUGCUCAGCGAGGGGAACUCUCUGACCUGGAGGAGGAAGAAGAGGAAGAGAUGGACGUGGACGAAAACUCUGGGGCGGUGAAGAAGCACAACGGGGUGGGAGGCAGCCCCCCCAAGGCCAAGCUGCUGUUCAGCAGUACCACAGCUCAGAAGCUGCGCAGCAUGGACGAGGUCUACAACCUGUUCUACGUCAACAACAACUGGUACAUCUUCCUGCGCCUCCAUCAGAUCCUGUGCCUGCGGCUGCUGCGAAUAUACACCCAGGCGGAGCGGCAGAUUGAAGAGGACAGCCGGGAAAGAGAAUGGGAACGAGAAGUGCUGGGGGUGAAGCGAGAGAAGAGUGACAGUCCUGCCAUCCAGCUGCGGUUGAAAGAACCCAUGGACAUUGAAGUGGAAGACUACUAUCCAGCUUUUCUGGACAUGGUGCGGAACCUCCUGGAUGGCAACAUGGAUUCUUCCCAAUAUGAGGAUUCCCUUCGUGAGAUGUUUACCAUCCAUGCCUACAUUGCAUUCACCAUGGACAAGCUCAUUCAGAGUAUUGUUAGACAGCUCCAGCACAUAGUGAGCGAUGAAAUCUGUGUGCAGGUGACGGAACUCUACCUGUCUGAGAGCCACAACGGUGCAACGGGAGGCCUGCUGACCUCACAGUCAUCUCGGUCCCUGGUAGAAACGGCGUAUCAGCGCAAAGCUGAGCAGCUCAUGCAGGAUGAGAACUGCUUCAAGAUGGUGUUUGUUCAAAGCAGAGGCCAUGUUCAGUUAACCAUUGAACUGCUUGAUACCGAAGAGGAAAACUCUGAUGAUCCUGUUGAGGCAGAGCGCUGGACUGACUACGUGGACCGGUAUGUCAACUCCGACUCCACGUCGCCUGAAUUGCGGGAGCAGCUGGCCCAGAAGCCCGUGUUUCUGCCCAGGAACCUGCGACGGAUCCGAAAGUGCCAGCGGGGCCGGGAGCAGCAGGAGAAGGAUGGCAAAGAGGUGCUUGGCAAGAAGCCCCUGGAGAACGUGGAGAGCUUGGACAAGCUGGAGUGCAAAUUCAAGCUGAAUUCCUACAAGAUGGUCUACGUGAUCAAGUCAGAAGAUUACAUGUACAGGAGGACUGCCCUGCUGCGCGCCCAUCAGUCCCAUGAACGAGUGAGCAAGCGGCUGCACCAGCGUUUCCAGGCCUGGGUGGAUCGGUGGACCAAGGAGCACGUGACCCGCGAAAUGGCAGCUGAGACCAGCCAGUGGCUGAUGGGGGAGGCUUUGGAGGGCCUCCUGCCGUGCACCACGACCUGCGAGGUGGAGGACUUGCACUUUGUGAGCAUCAACAAGUACCGCGUGAAGUACGGCACAAUAUGUAAGACGCCCUAAACUCCGGUGGGGGAAGAGGGGAACAGAAGUGCGUUUGGUUUUGGGGAGGGGAGGAGCACCCGUGCGGGGGCACAUCGUCAAAAAUAGGGAAGCUGCCUUCCUCUCCCCGCUUCCCCCUCCUUGCGCGCCACCUCCCGACUCGCUCGGAUCCGAGACAUCCUGCUGCCCCCGGCAGGGCGGUUUUCACAUCGGUCUCGUGGAACUGAAGCCGGUCCGGCUGCCGAGGAGCUGAGGCCGCCGCGCCUGCGCCAAGGCAUGUGGGGUGUGCAAGCAGCCCUCGGGGGACCCACUUCGCCUCUACCCACCAGCAGCAGCAGCAGCGGCGAGGAUCCUUCGAGUAGCUCGUAGCUCGGCAAGAUGUGGUGCGUGGAAUUCCCCCAUCUCCCCCAUUGCCCCUCCUCCCGAAAGACACAAGUUUUAAGGCUAGAAUAUUGUAAGGAAUGCCGGAAGUGCUGUGCCACUAGUCUCCACGGGACUUGACGGCAGACUUUUUGCGAACUCUGGUCAGCUUCCUGGGUUCCGCAGACCAGAGGCCAGACCCGCCGGCUUCCGGAUCUGCCGUUUCAGCUUUCCUGUCCCCUUCGCCAGUUGUGUUCCCUUGACCAGGACUCCUGACUUACCUAAACCAAUUAAGAUCAGUCUGUUCUUUCUAGUGCCAGUGGAACUAUCAUUUUAUUUGGGUUUUAUUAUUAUUAUUACUAUUAUUAUUAUGUUUUGUACCUGCUUGUUUACUAGCCUCUUAGUGCCAUGCACCAGCUUUCCACACACACCCCCUCUUCUGUCUGUCUCUCUCACCCACACAGCCUAUCUUCUCAGACACACAUGCACGCUUUUACAAUAGCAGCCACAGCCAAUUUUAAACCGGUUCUCCACCCCCUCCUUUUUUUGUAAAUAAAUGUACAUAUUUGUCAA